AUAAACCGAGCGCAGGAGGAGGACUGUGGACAUGGAUGCCCUAGCACUAGAGGCCACCAGCACUAAAAAGCCGGUUAAUGGGGCGGUGCUUGCCCCGUUGCCGGUCCCAGCACCGGUCAAACGUAAACCUGCUAAAAAAGCUAAAAAGGCUGUUGUUUUCUUUGAGGUGGAGAUACUGGAUGCCAAGACCAAGGACAAGCUCUGCUUCCUGGACAAGGUCGAGCCAAAUGCCACCAUCGGAGAGAUCAAGUCUAUGUUCCACAAGAGCCAUCCUCAGUGGUACCCAGCCAGACAGUCCAUUCGCCUAGACCCCAAGGGAAAGUCUCUGAAGGAUGAGGACGUUCUGCAGCAUCUCCCUGUGGGGACCACGGCAACGUUUUACUUCAGAGACCUGGGAGCGCAGAUCAGCUGGGUCACAGUCUUUCUGACUGAGUACACAGGUCCUCUGGUCAUCUAUCUGAUGUUCUACUUCAGAGUUCCCUUCAUCUACGCACCCAAAUAUGACUUUACCACCAGUAAACACUGGGUCGUACAUCUCGCCUGUAUGUGUCACUCUUUCCACUUCGUGAAGAGGCUGCUGGAGACGCUAUUUGUGCAUCGCUUCUCUCAUGGAACAAUGCCGUUACGCAACAUCUUCAAGAACUGUACCUACUACUGGGGCUUUGCAGCAUGGAUGGCUUAUUACAUCAACCAUCCGUUGUACACACCACCCAUCUACGGGGAGCAACAGAUCCGACUGGCCCUCAUCAUAUUCUUGUUCUGUCAGAUUGGCAACUUUUCCAUCCACAUUGCUCUACGGAACCUCCGUCCACCAGGCUCCAAGACCAGGAAGAUUCCCUAUCCAACCAAGAACCCCUUCACCUGGAUCUUCCUGCUGGUCUCCUGCCCCAACUACACCUAUGAGCUGGGCUCCUGGCUCGGCUUCACACUGAUGACCCAGUGCCUGCCCGUGGCCUUCUUCACCCUGGUUGGUUUCAUCCAGAUGACUGUGUGGGCCAAGGGGAAGCACCGCAGCUACCUGAAGGAGUUCCGCGACUACCCUCCUCUCCGCUCACCCAUCCUGCCCUUCAUCCUGUAGAGGAAUACUUGACCGCUCCCCUCGUCCAUUCAGCUCUCACCCCCACCCUUGUCUGAGAGGGUGCUCUACCCCAGAGCUUAGUAGACUGACUGACUGAAAGAAUUUAACCCUUUUGCUUUUUUUUCCCCCCGUCAACAAAAUCUUCUUCUGCUUCCUGCCUGUGAUCCCUGUAAUAUUGAGUGCACUACACUUGCUCUGUAUUUUUUAAUCGCCCACAAACAAACCCAUUGUGAAGCAUCCAGAGCAGCUCCUCACCUUACCUCUACAAAGUGUACACUGAAUGACACACUGUACAUAAAUACUGUGAGAUGUCCAACUACUCAUGUCAGCUGAUACUGUUGUUGUGAGGCUGAAUCUGCAUCUGAAGCUUUAGUUUUUAUAUCCAUUCAUCUAAAUUUGAGAACAUGACAGCAUGUCAUUUUGUCUGAAGUAAUUUAUUAAAAAAAGGUAAUCCAAAA